AUGAGGGAAGAGAUCUCAAUGCUAGAAAAGAAUUCUACAUGGGAGAUGGUUGAAAGACCUGGUAACAAACCAGUUGUGAGUGUGAGAUGGAUUUUCAAGACAAAGCUGAAUCUUGAUGGUUCUAUCCAAAAACACAAGACAAGGCUUGUAGCUAAGGGAUACACACAGAAGCCUGAGGUUGAUUUCAAUGAAACCUUUGCCCUAGUAGCAAGGUUGGAUAUAAUUAGAACCCUCAUUGCACUGGCAACUCAAAAAAAUUGGAAACUUUUCCAAUUGGAUGUGAAAUCAGCAUUUCUAAAUGGAGUGUUGAAAGAGGAAGUCUACAUUGAGCAACCUGAAGGAUUUGAAGUUAAGGGUGCAAAAGAUAAAGUCUAUAAGUUAAGAAAGGCUCUCUAUGGCUUGAAGCAAGUACCAAGGGAUGAUAUUGUUUACACUGGAAGUUGCAAUGAGAUGUUGAAAAAGUUCAAGGAUGAUAUGAUGAACAAGUAUGAGAUGACUAAUCUUGGCUUGUUGCAUCACUUCCUUGGAAUGGGAGUAAUCCAGAAAGAAAGGAGAAUUUUCAUUCACCAACAGAAAUAUGCCAAGACUCUGUUGAAUAAAUUUGGCUUGAAGGACUGCAUUGAUGAGGAGACCUACAGGAAAAUAGUUGGGAGCUUACUGUAUCUAAUAGCAACUAAGCCUGACAUCAUUGAUUGGAGUGGUUCAGAGGAUGAUAUGAAAAGCACAUUUGGGUAUGCUUUUUCAUUUGGCAGUGGUGCAUUUUCUUGGGCCUCAGUGAAGCAAAGUAGUGUUGCUUUAUCAACUGCAGAGGCUGAAUAUGUAAGUGAUGUUGAAGCAACAACUCAGGAAAUCUGGCUAAGAUUUGUGCUGUGUGAUUUUAGAGAGGAGCAACUAGAAGCUACACCAAUUAUGUGUGACAAUACUUCUGCUAUAGCUAUGUCUAAAAAUCCGGUGUUCCAUCAAAGAUCAAAGCACAUAGGAAGAAAGUUUCAUUUUAUCAGAGAUGCAAUUCAAGAAGGAGUGGCAGACUUCUUCACAAAGGCAUUGACAAGAGAAAGGUUUUGCUGUCUAAGGGAGUUACUUGGAGUAAAAUCAGUAAAACAUUUAGAAGGGAGUGUUGAUGUGUAA